AUGACUCCCUUCAGAACUGUCGUCCUGUUCUGCGUGUUGAGUCUCAUUGACAUGGUCGCAAUAGUGGGCGUGCUCUGCUACCAGGUCGCCUUUCAGCAGUACUUCGCAUGGCACUUGUAUCCGCUGAUGCUGAACCGUGCGGUCGAGCUCAUGUCGUUCAUCUGCUCUACUGGGCUGCUCCCAGCGUCGUACUCCCUUUUGCAAGUGCCGCUCUCAGUGACGUCAAUCGCGCUCUACAUGACGAGCCAGCCGUACGAGACCGCCUCCUGCGUUGCGCCCUUUGCGAUGUACGCGGUUCUUAUCUCGUAUCAGUUUUUCGUGGCCCUCCUCCUGGUCAAGUCUCGGCGGGACUGCGUUUCGGAGCGACAGAACAUGGAGCGCGUACGGUCGGUGGUCGCCGCGAGAAGAGCGGAACUGGAGGCAAGCGCGGCAGAGCAGCGGCGACAGGAGAUCAACAAGGUCAGGGACGUGUACGUGGCGGUCGAGAUGCCGAAUGGAGAGGUGAACGCCAUGGUUGCCCGGUUAUGCCGAGCGCCUCCGCUCGAGGUGCCCAACUCUGCCGGGGACAUUCCCCCGGCUCACCAGGAGCAGCCGACUCCCAAACCCGAUCCCAGUAUGGAAGCGGAGAUCCAGCCUUUGGGUCGAGAAGGGAUGCUUCGGAGCGGGGAAGAAGUGACCGGGGGACGGUUAGUUCUAGACCGGGUGGUUAGUGUGUUAGCGCGGGAAGGGGGGGACGAGUCCCCGGUUGAAGGGAACCGGGGGGAGAAUGUUGCGAAUGGGCAAGGGUUGAGGAGGGAGGCAGCUUUGGACGGUGGAUCUGAAACGCCUCGGUAG